AUGGCAUCCUCCUCAUCAGUCAUAGCAGGCCUCGUCUGCCUCGGUCUUGAGGCCGCUCCCGGCUACAUAAGCCACGCAGUUUCCGCCCACCUUCGACCUCCACCAACUAUCGUUUCUCCUUUGCACACUCCUUUCUAUCCUGUUCUCUUUUCACCUUCUCUCGAACUCUCGACGGCUCCUUUGACCGUGGCAGAGAUUCUCUCUUUCACGAAGACUCCAAUCUACUUCUCCUCGCUCUCCACAUCUGUACCACCACUUUACAACUCGGUUCUACACUCACUUUUCCUUCGCCCAUCGUCUCAGCGUUCUUGCUCUCGAAUGCCUCAAACCUUGAACACUCCACAGUUCCAGUAUUUGCCCCCUACCGUCGACAUUGACUACGAUCUCCUCCCCUACGAAGCACCCUCGAAGUCCACUCUCCCUUCGCCGCCAUCCAUACCUCCUCCACCCUUCUGCAUCUCGAGUGUUCAUACGACUCAUUACACAACUGUCGACACAUAA